AUGGAGAGGGGAAACCAAACCAGCAUCUCAGAAUUCCUCCUCCUGGGGAUGUCCAACCAGGUGGAGCAGCGGCAGCUCCUCUUCCUGCUGUUCCUUUGGAUGUACCUGCUCGGGGUCCUGGGGAGCCUGCUCAUCAUCAUCCUGGUCAUCGUCUCUGACCCGCACCUGCACACCCCCAUGUACUUCUUCCUCACCAACCUCUCCCUGGCCGACGUCUGCUUCCUGUCCACCACGGUCCCUAAGAUGCUGGUCAACAUCCAGACCCCUAGCAAAUCCAUAACCUACGCUGCCUGCCUGGUGCAAAUGUAUUUCUUCAUUCUGUUCAUAAGUCUGGACCACUUUCUCCUUACUGGGAUGGCUUAUGACCGCUACGUGGCCAUAUGCCACCCACUUCACUACACCACCAUCAUGAGCCCAAGGCUCUGUGGCCUGGUCCUUGCUGGGUCCUGGCUCAUCAGUUCCCUCCAUGCCCCGACACACACCCUAUUGGUGGUUCGCCUAUCCUUUUGUUCCAACCGUGAAGUCCUUCACUUCUUCUGUGAACUUUACCACAUCCUAAAGCUUUCCUGUUCCAACAUCCUGAUCAAUGAAGUGGCGGUGUUUGUCGCUGCAGUAGUGAUUGGGUUAGCUCCACUCACCGGUGUCCUGUUCUCUUACACUUGCAUUAUCUUCACCAUAUUGAGAAUCCCAUCUAAGGGGGGAAGGUGGAAAACUUUCUCCACCUGUGACUCUCACCUGUCCAUGGCUUCUUUGUUCUAUAGUCAUGAUACUGGCUUUGGGGUCUACUUCAGCUUUAUGCCUACCCACGCAUCCCGACAGGGCUUCAUAGCAUCUCUGAUGUAUUCAGCGGUCACCUCCAUGCUGAACCCCUUCAUCUACUGA